AUGGCUAGGUCUCAGUCACCGACCUCACCGGCCCGUACCGAAGUCGACCACUCCAAGAACGAUGGCCAAGACAACGAGGAAAACGGCGUGCACCAUCGUCACCAAAAACCUCACCACUCUGUUGGAUUCUGGCACCCAUCAAUGAAAAAAGUUCGCGCCCAUGUCAUUCGGUUAUGGAUUCAGACGAUCAGCAUCCUCUUUCUUUUCAUCCUCGCAGUCUUAUCAAUGUACUGGGCUGUUCUCUUCCGUACCGAGGACAACCUGAGAUCAAUCAUCGUCCAUGUCGUCGACUUUGAUGGACAGUUUUCUCCGUACGAAUCAGUACAGCCAAUUGUUGGGCCAGCAGUUGUACAGACCGCGCAGAAGUCACUGGACAAGCCAGGCCCGUCACUGGGAUGGACUAUCUUACCGCCUUCAUAUUUCAACAACGAUCCUACAGCAGUGAGAAUGGCCGUGUACGACUGGGAUAGUUGGGCGGCUGUGAUAAUUCACCCCAAUGCUACAGCAGCUCUCCAAGAGGCCGUUGCGACUGGAGAUGCAAACUACGACCCCUCAGGCUCAGUGCAGAUCAUUAUACAAACCGCGAGAGAUUCGACAACGUACCAGAGCGACAUUUCACCUUACAUCACCCAAUUUACGGAGCAAUUUACGCAACAAUUUGGAAAGCAAUGGGGCCAGACUGUUAUGUCCAACACGUCCUUGAGUCGAGAUAACCUCGCGAGAGCAUCUUCUGCUGUCAACCCCGGCAUUGCGCCACUGAUGAUUGAUCUACGCCCCUUCCAGCCUGCUACUGCUACACCUGCAGUGAGCAUUGGUCUAAUUUACUUGAUCAUCAUGGCAUUCUUCUCUUUCUCUUUCUUCUUGCCAAUUCACUCAAAAUACGUACAACCGCAGGGUCAUCCACCUUUACACUUCUGGCAGCUCAUCAUCUGGAGAUGGCUAGCUACGAUCGUCGCCUACUUCAUCAUCUCCCUCAGCUAUAGCUUAAUAUCUCUCGCCUUCCAGAUACCGUUCAGCGCGCCCCCAGCUUCACCAACGGAGCCAGCCCCUACAUUUGGAGCUACAGCUUAUGGCCGCGGCACCUUCCCAGUCUACUGGAUGCUCAACUUUGUUGGCAUGUCCGCUCUAGGCCUCGCCUGCGAAAACGUCGCAAUGAUUAUUGGGCAGCCAUGGACGGCUCUGUGGCUCAUUUUUUGGGUCAUAUCGAAUGUUUCGACAUCCUUCUAUGCCAUCGACCUAUCACCCGGAUUCUACCACUGGGGCUAUGCUUGGCCACUCCACCAGGUUGUUGAGGGCAGUCGCCAGUUGCUCUUCGACUUGCACUCCAGGAUCGGAUUAAACUUUGGCGUGCUUUUCGCCUGGACAGCAGUCAACACUGUGCUCUUCCCAUUCUGUUGCUACUUCAUGCGAUGGAAGACGGAGCACGACAAGAGAAAGGCGGAAAAGGAAAAGGGUCGAUAUGUGGUUGAGACUGAGGAUGGUGAGAAGGAGUAUAAAAAGCCUGAAGGGCAGAAACCACCCAUUAGAAAGCGCGGCUUCAUGAGAGGUCUUUGA